AGACUGCAUGUAGAAGAGAGUGUGCGAAGGCCUCGUGUUUUCUCCUCGAUAAAAUGGAAUAUUGUCUAAUACUUCUUUAUUCGUGUUGAUGAACUUGGAAUACUGUCUUUUAUUUCGUGGAUUAUUGCACGGGGUUCAUUGGAUGUCGCAAUGCUCUCGACGUACAGAAGGAAAUCUAUUGUGAUCUGCAUUGUGUUCGUUGUUUUAGAGUGUUGUUGGGACGCGGUGUCAGGGCAGCUCUCUUAUUCCGUUUCAGAGGAGGUGAAUCCGGGAACAUCCGUGGGAAAUAUCGCUAAGGAUCUAAACCUUAAUGUUCAGGAACUGGAGUCGCGCAUGUUUCAGAUUGUCACGGGAUCCAAGAAAAAAUAUUUCGAGGUAAAUCUUAAAACUGGGUUUCUGUAUGUAAGCGAAAGAAUAGACAGAGAGGAGCUUUGUGCUAAAGCACUUAAAUGUUCAGUCAAUGUAGAAGCGGUUAUCAACAAUCCAUUAAAGCUUUAUCAAAUAGAGGUUAAUAUUGUGGAUGUUAAUGACAAUUCUCCGUCUUUCAGCGAGAAAUCACAAACGAUAGAAAUUGCGGAAAGCACCCUCCCCGGAGUUAGAUUCUCUCUCCAUCACGCUACAGACGCAGAUGUUGGAAAAAAUUCAGUAAAUUCUUACAAGCUUAGCUCGAAUGAGUAUUUUUCUUUAGCUGUACACAAAGGAGGAGAGCAGAGUGUGUCUGCUGAGUUAGUGCUGCAGAAAGCUUUAGAUCGAGAGAAACAGCCUGUGAUCCAGCUCACACUGACCGCUGUAGACGGAGGAACCCCCUCUAAAACAGGAACAUCUCUUAUAAUUAUUAAAGUUUUGGAUAAUAACGAUAAUCCUCCAGUUUUUAGUAAGCCCUUGUAUAAAACAACCGUUUUUGAAAAUGUUGCUAUUGGAACGACGAUUGUUGUGUUAAAUGCAACAGACCUUGAUGAAGGCAGUAACAGUGAUAUUGUUUAUUCUAUAAUUAAAAGAGAUCAGAGUAAAAUCCUGCAGAUUUUUUAUAUUGAUCCGAAUACUGGCGCAAUCAUAGUCAAAGGCAAUAUAGAUUUCGAGGAGAACAACGCAUUUGAGAUCCGCGCACAGGCCAGUGAUAAAGGGCAGCCUCCGAUGUCCACGCACUGCAAAGUCCUGGUGGAGGUGCUGGAUAUUAAUGACAAUAAGCCAGAGAUAACCGUGACGUCUCUCCUCAGUACAGUGAAAGAGGGCGCCAGUUUUGGCACUGCUGUCGCUCUAGUGUCAGUGAUUGACAGGGACGGUGGGAAAAACGGUAAAGUUAAUUGUGUUAUCUCCAACAAAGUGCCUUUUAAACUUGAGACGAAUUACAAAAAUUAUUAUUCUCUAGUGGUAGAUGGUCCUCUAGACAGAGAGCGCGCGUCCGUGUAUAACGUGACCAUCACAGCUACUGAUGGAGGGACUCCGCCUCUCUCCAGCACCAGUGUCAUUGCUGUACACGUUUCUGAUGUGAAUGACAACGCGCCGCGCUUUCCAGAGCCCGUCAUUAAUGUUUAUGUGAAAGAGAACAGUCAGAUUGGAGCUGUUAUUCAUACAGUAUCUGCUUUAGAUCCUGAUGUAAGUGAUAAUGCCCGGAUAACAUAUUCUUUACUAGAAAGCUCUAAAAGCGGCCCGGUAACAUCCAUGAUCAACAUAAACUCUGACAGUGGAGAUAUACACCGUUUACAGACGUUUAACUAUGAGGAGAUCAAAACAUUUCAGUUUAAGGUUCAGGCCACAGACUCUGGUGUUCCUCCUCUCAGCAGUAACGUGACUGUAAAUGUUUUUAUCCUGGAUGAGAAUGACAACAGUCCCGGGAUUCUCGCGCCCUAUUCCGAGCUCGGUUCCGUUAACACAGAAAACAUUCCCUAUUCUGCUGACGCGGGCUACUUUGUGGCCAAGAUCAGGGCUGUAGAUGCAGAUUCUGGUUAUAAUGCGCUGCUGUCUUACCACAUCUCUGAACCCAAAGGAAACAAUCUGUUCCGAAUCGGAACCAGCAGCGGGGAGAUCAGGACUAAGAGGAGAAUGAGUGACAAUGACCUGAAAACUCACCCGUUGGUCAUUUUGGUUUGUGAUAACGGAGAGCCCUCACUGUCAGCGACUGUGUCUAUUGAUGUUGUGGUUGUUGAAAGCGCUGGUGACGUCAAGACCCCAUUCAGACAUGCGCCGAUAAAGGAGGAGAGUUUCUCGGAUUUAAAUCUGUAUUUGCUGAUCGCCAUUGUGUGUGUGUCCGUCAUCUUUUUACUGAGCCUCAUCAGUUUGAUAGCGGUAAAAUGCCACAGGACAGACGGCAGUUUGGGCAGGUACAGCGCCCCGAUGAUCACCACACACCCUGACGGGAGCUGGUCUUACUCCAAAGCUACUCAGCAGUAUGACGUGUGUUUUAGCUCGGACACACUGAAGAGUGACGUAGUGGUUUUCCCCGCGCAAUUUCCGCCUGCAGAUGCAGAACUGAUCAGUAUUAAUGGAGGAGACACUUUUACCAGAACACAAACACUUCCUAAUAAAGAAAAGGUAAGACAUUCAAAAUCGUUAUUAAAUUGUUGA